AUGGUCAACGUGAUAUUCCACCUCGAUAUUAACAACAUCCAAAUCCCAAUCCGUAUUUUUGACCAAGACAAUUUCUUCGAGUUUGAUGAAGUGGUGGAAAACUUAUGGAAAGAUUACGUUGGUGGGUUUCAGCAUUUCGAUGCUGACAUUGACUUAACGCUGUCUGAUGAUGAGUUUAAGGACUUUAAAAAUAUGGACGAGCACUCUAAAAGAAUGUUCACCAGCCAUGUAACUGUAUACAUUGAAGAGGAUGAUGUUAACGGAGAUGGAAAACUAGAUUUAUUGGAGUUUUUGGACAUGAUGGAGAAGAUUAUGUACCAAAGUGAUUGA